GGAUAUUUAUGUUGUAAUAACGCGUAUACCAAUGCCAGAGCACUACAUUAUCAAGCAAUUAUCCUGAUAAAACCGUAAAAGCACAAUAUUUAAUUGUGUCAAGACUUGAGUGUUUGUGCCUGCAUGUGUUGAGUUUAAUUUAAGGGGCCCUCACACGGCGUACGAGUUACUUAUCGUUUGUCGGUCUGUGUAAGUGUUUUUAUGUGAACACUGUCACUUAAAACAUUGAGCACAAGUAUAUACAUUCUCAUCCAUGUUCAAGAGGAUUUGCAACUCGAGCUUGUCGAUACUAAAAGAUCUGCGUAACAUUCUGUCGCCUGUAAGCAUGGCAGAGGGCGCUAUUAGUGCAGACACGAAGCGUGACCACGAUCAAAUAUCGAAUGAUGGUGGCGAUGCCGCUAGCGAUGCUAAAAAGUUAAAAGUAUCAUCUGAAUGCCACAAGCCAAAUGUAAAGAAGAAGAAGGUUGCACUAUUGAUGAUGUACUCAGGAGUUGGAUACAAUGGCAUGCAGCGCAACCCUGGCGUGCGUACCAUUGAGAAUGAUCUGCUGGAUGCAUUGGUACAGGCCCAGGUGGUGCCACAGGCACACGCAGACGACACGAAACGCAUGAAGUUCCAGCGAUGCGCCCGCACAGACAAGGGUGUGUCCGCCGCUGGACAAGUUGUCUCACUGAAGAUGUUGCUGGAGGAGGAUGCAGCAGCAAGGAUUAACGAGCACCUUACACCACAGAUUAGAGUUCUCGGCUAUAAGAGAGUGACGCAGGGCUUUAAUGCGAAGUUGAACUGCUCCGGUCGGACGUACAUGUAUGUGCUGCCAACAUUCGCUUUCGCUCCAGUAGACCAGGUUACAUCCGAGAGUUACAGGAUAACAAAGGAUGUAAUGGAUGAAGUGUCACGCCUUUUUCAAAACUAUAAGGGAACAAGGAAUUUUCACAACUUCACCUCAGGCAGGAAGGCUGAUGAUCCAAGUGCCAAGAGGUUUGUGAAAAAUAUUGAGAUAGGCACACAGUUUGAGGUGGAGGGAAUUGAAUUCUGUGAGGUGAAGGUUGAAGGGCAAAGCUUCAUGUUGCAUCAGAUUAGGAAAAUGAUUGGAUUGGUGAUAGCUGUGGCACGCGGUCUGACUGACCAGAGUGUCUUUAGUAGAGCUUGGGAGGCUGAGAAAGUUGAUAUCCCUAGAGCACCAGGGCUUGGACUGUGUUUGGAGAAGGUGCACUUUGAGGCAUACAACAACAGACAUGGCAGUGAUGGAUUUCACGAUCCUAUCGAGUGGGAAGAGUACAAGGAAGAGAUUGAGAAGUUCAAGCAUGAAUACAUCUAUUCAACAAUCAUUCGCACAGAGAAAGAUGAGAAUUCCAUGAUGCAAUGGCUCAACACGUUGUCUCUGCAUGUCUACGACACCAGAGAAACAGACGACACUGACAGUCACAAUGACAACAAUAUCAGAAGCACUCAGUUCGGACAAGCACUGAAGGCUGUCAGUCCAGAGACCUACGUGGAUGUGCUAAAGACAUUUAUCCCCAACCGGGUUGUAGUUAGCAAAUCUUCACCAACAGAUGGCGCCACGGACUCACAACCAGAGACACGGGAGUCAACUGCCGACUCUACGCAGCUACAGACAGAAGGUGCAGCACAUACGAAGUUAAAUGCAGAGACAGAUGGCACAUUGUCAGCUGAGGUCGCACCACCAGCAGAGGCAGGUGCAGUGCGUCAAUGAAAUGUAUGCAGGCAGUAACCCUGCCGAAACCCCAUGCUAGAAUACAAGGAUGGCCAGUCUGUGGAUAAAUGGAGCCACACAACGCCACGUUUGACAAAGAGAGGGGCGAUGCACUCGCGUGACAUAAGAGCGUUCACAACGCGAUGAUAAAUUGUGAACAUAGCGAGUCCAACGAGACCAGUGACUUUGUGGGUCUUGAGUGAAUUAGGAUGAAUCUCUGUAUCAUCUGUAUCAUAUCGCAGUGUGAAGUAUUCAAAUCUUGUUUUUUUCUGUGGCUAUGAAAAGUAUUGUGCGUAUCAUGCUGCCAUUGCUGAUGUUACAGAGUGAAUUGUUUUAAGAAGAGUUCCUGGUUUACAGCUGGGAAACGUUGAUAUGAAUUAAUAUUGAAACAGUAGCGUAUGCUCAUGGAUAAGUAGUAACUGGGUAAUACACUUGUUGUAAAAUCACGUUACUGUAAACGGCUGCAUUUAAGACCAAAUGAACAAGAUUGCUUGGGUAGAUCUAUAACCUUCUAUUACAUUUAUUAUUCUUGGCAUUGAAAUCCCUCUACUUUAAAUGAGAUGCACAUACAUCAAAAACCACAUUAACCACUUGUACUCGCAUAAUAUACAUCUUCACAAAAGAAGACCGUUUUAUUGGAAAGUCUCAGCAAUUUACAACAAAUAAUAAAUACCUACAUGUACACAGAGUAAUCUGAAAAGAAAACACUUGUAUGUGAAAACAACUGCUUUAGAAUUGUUCGUUGACCGAGCGCAAAACACUACAGAUUCGAUUUGAUAUGCAGGUCACAAACUUAAUAUGCAGUGUUAGUGUAGGAUUUUCAUCCAGCUGUAUGGAUGAUUUCAUUUGACAGUUGAACAUAUUACCCGACGUUAAGAUGGAGUAGCUGAUCAUGAACCUUGUAAGUGUGUUGCAUUGGAACUUUCUAAUGAACAACAUCAUUGCCACCAUUGUUCACUCUAUACGCAGCACGAAUGUGGGUGGUUCACAGAUUUUACCUCCAAACGACCUGCACAGUUUAUCCAAUAAAUCU